GCGGAGUGACGCAGCUUUUGUAGAUCAGACGAUACUCCAUGCUUUUUUAUACAUGACGUGAAAUCGCAUUUUUAAAAAAAAAUAAAAUCAAAUACAGAAUACAUCGAAAAAAAGAGGGUGUCCCGCCGGCAUCUGGACGCUGCAUGUCGGAUCUGAGCUCUCCUUGAAUCUAGUUGGAUGCCAUUCCCGCUGGAGGUUGCGGUACAGCCCGAGGACUGGAUGUUAUAACCGGGAACGAAACAUGCCGCAGCCAAAGUCACGAAAAAUCGCCAUCCUCGGGUACAGAUCCGUAGGAAAGUCUUCCUUGACAAUUCAGUUUGUGGAAGGCCAGUUUGUGGACUCCUAUGACCCAACAAUAGAAAACACAUUUACUAAAAUGAUCACAAUAAAUGGACAGGAGUACCACCUUCAGCUUGUUGACACAGCAGGGCAGGAUGAAUACUCCAUCUUUCCUCAGACAUACUCCAUAGAUAUCAACGGUUACAUCCUGGUCUAUUCUGUUACGUCUAAUAAAAGCUUUGAAGUUGUUCAAGUUAUCCAUGAAAAGCUGUUGGACAUGGUGGGGAAGGUUCAAGUUCCAAUUAUGCUUGUCGGAAACAAGAACGACCUACAUAUGGAACGAGUGAUCAGCUGUGAAGAGGGAAAAGCAUUAGCUGAAUCCUGGAAUGCAGCCUUCAUGGAGUCCUCAGCCAAGGAGAACCAGACGGCCGUGGAGGUUUUCCGCAGGAUGAUCUUGGAGGCAGAGAAGAUGGAUGGAGUGCAGCCUGUAAAAAACCCCUGCUCCAUGAUGUAGAGCCGCCCAAUCAACACACAGGACACUGCACUGGGAAAUCCCGUUACUUGAAGGCUAGCCGCCAGUUCCCCUCCACCUCAGCUGAGUCUACGCCCCUUCCUCAACCAGGGUCCUAAAUACCCAAAAGUGUCUAUUUAUGGCUCUGAUUCCACUGUCAUUAUCAGUAUUCCCCAUGCCCCCUCUGUCAUCCUCGGUUUUCUUUGUGUGUGUGAUUAAAAAACAUGGAUGGGUGGUUAUUCUCUUGUCUUAAAUCUCCCUCAGGCCACCUUUCCAUAUCUGUGCUCAGCACUGAUGCAAAACCUGAAACAGUUGGUAUGGAUGUAUCAGAACAAAUAUUUGUAGUAGGAACAGAAACAGUAAGCUUGAUGCAUCUUAGCUUUUCCCCUGCACAGCUUCCAUAUAAGACUGCAGCCCUGUUUAAAUGACAAGAUAAAAGAAUUGUGGUGUUUGCUGCGCAUAUGAAAAGAUUAAGAUUAACAAAUCUUUAUUCUGAUAUAUUACCAGCUGUGUGGGCUCUCUGAUAUACACCUUUUCUACUUCAUCACCUCGCAGUAUCCAUGUCCCUCAGUUAGUUUCCCAUUGGUUACUGUCAGACGAAAUUAAAAUAAUAAUAAGAAAAUCUGCAUUCAUUUUCUAAUGUUGAAAAUGUUGUACAAAUGUUUUUGAUUGUAAUCAUUAAAGCAAAAAGUGGUUAUGUAA